AUGAUGACGGGCGCCUUGUCGACCCCUCGCCAUGGCGCCGAGGACUUCGAGACGGCCUCGAUCCGAUCGGCCGCGCCCUCGUAUGUUUCCGACGUGCCAUCGUACCACUCCACCGCUCAGUUCCCCGACACUGCUCCCGCCUAUGCUCCCCGAGCGACAGCCUCCGACGUUGCCUCGCCCGCUCGCCACCGGCAGUCGUCGACGCCUCGUCCGCUCGCCACCGGCCUGCCGCCGAUCCCCCCCGUUUCCUCGCAGGGCGCCAUUGCCCUGCGCGACUUUCGCGCUCCCACCUUCUUCGCCAACAAUGCCCCCGCGGCCCGUCAGUAUCGCAACGUUGCCGAGCGCCGCAUCACCGACGGCCGUUAUCAGAUGAACGAUCCCACGAGGCGUCCGGUGGCGACCGAGCGGCCGCCCGUGGUUCGGGUCGAGGAAGCGCCCCAAGGUAUUCGUCCUCUGGAAGACCCCUACUUGGUCGGUGAGGUGGCUGCCGCCCAGGCUCGUCGUGAGCGGCUCGCGCGAGAGAGCGGCGACGACAUACUCAUCCGAGAGGACAGGCAGUGGGACUGGCUAUUGCUGCAAAUGAAGAGCUGGGAGGAGCGCGAGAGGACGUGGGCCAAGUAUCGUCGCGAAAUCGACAACCAGCAGAGGAAGAAGCUCCUCCGUCGCAUCGGCGGUCGCCUGCUUUCGUAG